AUGAAUGCCGAAAUUAAGAAUUUGAUAAUUGAACGCGGAUUGGUCAAAGCAGCGCUUACGCGGUUGCAAAAUUUCUUUCGAGAAAAUGCAGCUCAUACAUCAGCAGGCUCACUUAAAAAGCGAUUAACGGCCAAUGCGUCAUUGUACGAUCGGUUCAACGCAAUUCAAACGCAAAUAGAAACUUUAGUAGCAGGAAGCGAUAUAGAAGAUGCGCACGCCCUUGAAAGAGAAACAUUUGAAAGCACAUACUUUGAUUUAAUAGACGAAAUCGAAACUCACAUUGAAAGAUCCAGUACAACUCAGCGGCGCGAAAUUGCAGGUAGCCCGGGUACAGGUAGCGCGGUCUCGGGUUCAACCGUGAAUGUAAAAUUGCCAACAAUACAAUUGCCCACAUUUAGCGGCAAUUAUAGUGACUGGUUGAAAUUUCGCGAUUCAUUCGUCUCAUUAGUACACGAGAACGAAACUCUAUCAGACGUGCAACGAUUUCAUUAUCCAAAUUCUUCACUGAAGGGAUCCGCGGCGCGAGUUAUUCAAUCUCUUGGCGUAUCAGAAGCCAAUUACAAAUUAACAUGGGAACUGUUGAAUUCACGCUACGAAAAUUCGACAGCACUCAAGAGACACCACGUAACGGCCUUAUUAGAUUUAAAAUCCAUUCAGAAGCAAUCCGAGUCCGCGCUGCGAGACUUUUUAGACGAUGCAACGAAUCAUCGUACAGCGUUAAGGGCGUUGGGAGAAGUGGUAGAUACAUGGGACGCUCUGAUCAUCCCUUUACUGUCCAGAAAGUUAGAUAUCAUAUCCAUUAGGGAAUGGGAAAGGCGUAUCUCACCAUAUACAGAAAUGGCAACAUUUGCACAAUUUUCAACGUUCUUAGAAGAACGAGCAAAAUACUUAGAACAUGUUUCGGUAGCCCCGCAGGUAGUUGCACCGAGGGUUGAUCAGCGAUUCGGGCAAGCAGGUAGUCGGAAAUACGGCAUAGCAACCUCGCAUGUUAUAAAUUCGAGCACGUGUCCCGCUUGUCAUGCGAGCCACGCAUUAUAUCAAUGCGAAAAAUUCAAAAAAUUAGAAGCAAACAGAAAAACAAAAAUCGUUCAGGAAGCACAACUUUGCUAUAAUUGUUUAGAAUCUGGUCAUCGAGUAAAAUCUUGUACGCAAAGUAGAUGUAAACAUUGCACUAGAAAGCAUCAUUCGUUAUUGCACCGUUCAGAUCUCCACUCAACACAAUCAGGUGUGGUAAAUAACUCAAAACAAACCGAGGAUGAGUCUGUAACGACACAGCUUGUAUCAAAUGUGUCAAGUCAUCCAGUCGAUUGGAUGGUAUUGGCAACCGCGAUAGUUUUUGUAAGAGAUAAUAAGGGAAAACCUUAG